AUGAGCGAUUCAUUGGUUGAAGUUCUGGAGACAUCAACGAUGACAACUGAUCGUACAGGCAACAAGGAACGCACGCACGCCAAGGACGGUGAAUCGCACGCCUCACACACUACGCACGACCCAGCGGCGGCACAAGAUCACGCGAGCAGGGAGUUACAAGAAGGAGAAGCGCUGGAAGACAACGAAACGUCAGCCGCGGAGGCGGAAAAUCGCAACAAAAACGGACAGGAAAGAGAUGACAAGAAGGUAAAAGAUAAUGAAAUUGUGGAUUCAGGAAGUCUAAAGAGUGACGGCGUCUGUUAUAUACAGUUGCAGCAGCAGCAACAGCAAAAGACAUAUCAUGGUGGACGAAACAUUCGUACAAGUGCAGCAGGAACAUGGCAAGCAUACCCCUCAUGGCCUCACGUAGGAUUCACAUCGCCACGCUUCCCACCAGCAGCCCCAGUGUAUGGCUACCCACAUCCAGGGGCAUACAGCAUACCAAGUAGUCCACCUCCAAAUUCCAGCCAGAGAAGUUUAUCAGCUAGUGAUAGUCAAGAUGAAUCUGAAGAGAAACUUAGCAAAACUAACCUUUACAUUAGAGGCCUUUCACCAGGGACCACUGAUGAAGAUUUAAAUAAUUUAUGUAGCAGAUAUGGAAAUAUUAUUUCAACAAAAGCUAUUCUAGAUAAGAACACUAAUAAAUGUAAAGGAUAUGGAUUUGUGGAUUUCGAGUCCCCUACUGUUGCACAAAAGGCAGUGACAGCCCUGAAGAAUAAAGGAAUUCAAGCCCAGAUGGCAAAGCAACAAGAACAAGACCCUACAAAUUUAUAUUUUCUUUAUCUUCCAAAGAAUUUUGAUGAAGCAAAAUUAGAAGCAUUGCUGAGAAGAUACGGCAAAGUUAUAUCGACAAGAAUAUUAAGAGAUACAGACCAUGAGAGUAGAGGUGUAGGAUUUGCAAGGUACACUGUAAUUUUGCGUCCCCAGAAAUUAGAAGCAUUGCUGAGAAGAUAUGGCAAAGUUAUAUCGACAAGAAUAUUAAGAGAUACAGACCAUGAGAGUAGAGGUGUAGGAUUUGCAAGAAUGGAAAAUACACAGAUUUGUGAGCAAAUAAUUAAAGACUUUAAUGCACAUAAGAUUCCAGGUAGCACUGAACCACUAGUUGUGAAAUUUGCUGAUGGAGGUCCAAAGAAAAGGCAACAAACUCAGCAAAAUCAUGAAAAUUCAUGGUCAAUUAAUAGACAGGAAGUAAGUGUUUUANAGAAAAUAAUAUGA